GGGACCUGCGUGACCCCGGCUGGCAGUGGGCAGUGGAGGGAACUGACAGUGAACGGCUGUGGCCCAGAGGAAGGAACCCUCCACCACCACCCACGCCACGACGCGCCCUAAAGAAAAACGCUCCUUUUGGAAGACUGUACAAUCGCCAAGGUCCUCUGUGCAGAUGCCUGUGCUCAGCAGUUCCUGGAGCAGCAAAGGCGCAGCCAGACAGAAGGGCCCUUCCUCUCCUUUUAGAGAGCAGUGCAUUUUGCUUUUCCAAGCCAGGAUGAAGUAGCACCCACCAAGUUUUUGAGACAGCUCACGGCUUAGAGGAAGGCUCAUCUAAAUAAAGGCCGGCUAAAGUGGCAUUGCGGGGAUUUAAUCCUCCUCUGGCUGCCCGUGUGACCAGAAGGCUGAUUUGCAAGUUUCUUCUUUCCUGGGGUCCAGAUUAUCAGGUCUCCGGGGCCCUGCAACUUGACAGCAAAAGUGCAAAAUGAAGAAGAUCGGAGAUACGCGCCAGCAGCGGGGACCUGAGGGCCUCUGCGGGGCGUUUACACACCAGAGCAAAAGGUUCCCUGGCCAUCAAAGGAAAUAGCAAACUGGAGCCUUUGUUUUGGGACACAGCCACCUACCACAGAGCACAGCACGGCCAGCCAGAAAGUUCUUGGAGCGGCUCUGGUACCUGGACGUGUGCCUGAUGGUCCACUUAGAGCUGGGAAGUUCAGCGUGAAGGAAGGUCUCGAGUGAGGGCGGCUUCGGGCUUGGCUGGUAGGCGGUUCUGGCAUUGGCCUCUGCCCUCCCCCGGCCGAAGUGGGGGCUUGCCCAGCUCCCAAGGACACAGGGCUCUGGCAGUCAACUCCCAUCUCCCACCCGCCGGGCCCCUUCGGCCCCUCCCCAGCCUGCCCCCGCAUCGGUGCCUCUGCUGAGAUGGAAACGUGGGCCUGCGGAGGACGAUGACUGCCUUGUAUGUGAAUGGAGGCGGCCUGGAGAACACCCGCUAUGCCAGGUGGGACCGGCGAGAGAGCGUGGAGAGUGGCGGUCAGACGGAGUGCACCAAGGAGGACGGAGAGGGACAGCCUCGCCAGCUGACACCCUUCGAGAAGCUGACCCAGGACAUGUCCCAAGACCAGAAGGUGGUGAGGGAGAUCACGCUGGGGAAACGCAUCGGCUUCUACCGCAUCCGAGGGGAAAUCGGAAGUGGGAACUUCUCCCAGGUCAAGCUCGGGAUUCACUCCCUAACCAAAGAAAAGGUGGCCAUUAAGAUCCUGGACAAGACCAAGUUGGACCAGAAAACCCAAAGGCUCCUAUCCCGCGAGAUCUCCAGCAUGGAAAAACUGCACCAUCCCAACAUCAUCCGCCUUUAUGAAGUCGUGGAGACUCUAUCCAAGCUCCACUUGGUGAUGGAGUAUGCAGGGGGUGGGGAGCUCUUUGGGAAAAUCAGCACUGAAGGGAAGUUCUCAGAACCAGAGAGCAAGCUCAUCUUCUCCCAGAUUGUGUCUGCCGUGAAGCACAUGCAUGAAAACCAGAUUAUUCACAGAGAUCUGAAAGCAGAAAAUGUGUUCUAUACCAAUAAUACUUGUGUGAAGGUGGGGGACUUUGGGUUCAGCACAGUAAGUAAGAAAGGUGAAAUGCUGAACACUUUCUGUGGGUCUCCUCCCUACGCGGCGCCCGAACUUUUUCGAGACGAGCACUAUGUUGGCGUUUAUGUGGAUAUCUGGGCCUUGGGGGUGCUUCUGUACUUCAUGGUGACGGGCACCAUGCCGUUUCGGGCAGAGACCGUGGCCAAACUGAAGAAGAGCAUCCUGGAAGGAACGUACAGCGAGCCUCCGCACGUGUCAGAGCCCUGCCUCCGGCUCAUCAGGGGAGUCCUCCAGCAGGUGCCCGCCGAGAGGUACGGAAUCGACUCCAUCAUGAACAAUGAGUGGAUGCAAGGAGUGCCGUACCCCACCCCUCUGGAGCCUUUCCAACUGGAUCCGAAACAUUUGUCAGAAACCAGCACCCUCAAAGAAGAAGAAAAUGAGGUCAAAAGCACUUUAGAACACUUGGGCAUUACGGAAGAGCAUAUUCGAAAUAACCAAGGGAGAGACGCCCGAAGCUCCAUCACAGGCGUCUAUCGAAUCAUUUUGCAUAGAGUCCAAAAGAAAAAGGCUUUGGAAAGUGUCCCAAUAAUGAUACUACCAGACCCUAAAGAGAGGGACCUAAAGAAGGGGUCCCGUGUCUACAGAGGCAUAAGACACACAUCCAAAUUUUGUUCAAUUUUAUAAAUUGCAUUAGACUGCUGGUAAUUAAGCAAGAUCAUUGUUGCUGCUUUCAGAUUUUUUCACCAACUUGAGUGGAGACUUUUUUGUAAUUUUUAAAUAAAUUUAAAUUUAAGAUAUGCAUUUCCCCUCCGCCCCCCCCCCCAAAAAAGAAAGUCUAUUAGCUCAGAUUCUGGCUUGGUUUGCAACCUCAUCUUGUUUUCAAACUCUAGCAUUCACUCAGUUAAUCGAGAAAUACUUACGCAGUGCCUACCACGUGCCAGGCGCUGUUUAAGGUGCUGCAAAAUAAAAAAUAGGCCAGGUCCUUCCUCUCCUGUGCAGGAUAGUCUAGUCAUUACUGCAGUUUGUCCUGAGGCUGUAACGGGACUCAUACCUUCCUUCCUCCAUCAACCAUUGUAAAUUUCCCUCACCUUUGGCCAGCAUUCCGGCUGGUCUGGAUUGGGUGGUAUGACCCAGACCUUUAUCAUCAAAGGAUCUGAACCCUUAGAUGCCUUGCUCUUGUUGGCUCGUGGUUGCUGCAAUUGCCUCUUCACCAUUAUUAUGAGGCUCUAAAGUAACACUCUUGGGUUCAGACACACUCCUCUUUAGCUCCUUAUGAAAGUCAGGGUCAGUAAUUCCCACCACUAUAAUAGCUCCUUUCUUUGCCGGCUUGUCACCUGGCAUGGGGAUCCCAAAGUGACCAUGUGGUAGCCAUAGCUCUCAAUUCACUGGACCCCUACUGGGUCUCCCGGUAGAAGCAUCCCCCUGCCCCUAGGAUCGAAAACCUCUAAUCUAGCCAAGCCGAGACUGUAGGAAAAAGAAGUACAAAUUCUUCAAGUGGGUCCCUGAUUGUGAUGGUAAGAAAAGUCAAUCAUGCUUCUACCCAGUGGUUCCCAGACCUGUGUAUUUUAACAGCAGGGGACACAUAUCUAUGAGCCAUUGUUAAAUCAUGUAUACUGAAUCCUGGGGGAUAGCACCCCAGCCCUGCAGGGUGCUGCCCUAUAACCGGUGCCUUAGCUGAGCCACUCCAUCCAUCUAUGCUGGCUGCUUCUGGUGUUGAGGUAUAUGGUAAGAGGGGUACAUCCCAUGGUCAUGUGCCCAUUGCCCACACGGCUCUUACCAAAACUGUGGUCCUUGAGGCAAUGUUAUGUAAUAUAUAUGAUAAUGGACCAGCUAUUUUCUAGGACCUAGCAUGAUUGUAUUGGAGGAUUCACUGAAGGCAGGAAAGGUGAACCCAUAUCCUGAGUAGAUAUCAAGUCCAUAAGGAUGAAUCACUGCUGUGUUUGUCUGAAUUUAUGACUCUGUGGAUCUGAUAAUGCCCAGCUCAGGAGGAGACAGCUCCCUUUGCUUGGUCCCUCAGUGACCCAUAAUCAGGUGCUCCGUCUCUCCUAGAGCCUAGAAACACACCAAGAUCCUGAGUAUUUCUCUCUGCUGCAGAAAGCAUGGCCUCACUCCAGGACCCUGCAGGGCUGUGCUGUAACCUUCUACAGCGGUUGCCAAAAAGACUCCACACCAUAUUCUUAAGCACCACGUAGACAGAGAGUAGCAAUGCAGUUUGCACUGAAGCCUGAAACUGCUGUAGAUUUUUUUUCUGUGGCAUCCACUUGAAACCAGCAGUCCCGACAAAUGGGUUAGAGGAAUAUGCCAAGUAUAUAAUACAUGUGCUUCCAAAACCCAGAUAGGCCUACUAAACCCUGUGCCUCUAUCUCAGCGCUAAGGGGUACAAGGUGCAACAUAUGUGGGCAUGCCUCAGGUCUUUGGUCCUCUAAGCACUUCAUCAGUGUGACCAGACCCCUGAAUCUUCAUGGGUCUGCCCACCAGCUCGCCUCUUUUCUUUCUUUUGGCUAUACAAGUAACACUCUAGCAAACUGUCCCUCAGGACUCUGUGAUCUCUUAGCCACUGUCACAAAGCCCUGCAAAUCAAGGCACCCUGACUCCCGCUCCAGCCUUACCGUCCAUUAUAUUAUGUCCACCUCGCCUCUGACAAUUAAGUAAUGACACAUGGCCUCUGCCACUCUGGAACCCCAUUAUCCCUGCAUGCCCAGUUCCAUGACUGGCAUUUCCUACUGUCACCCCUUGCCUGCAGAGGGCAGGAGUCACUGAUCUUGUUGGAGAUGCUGGUGCCCCCUCCCCAGUGCAGUCUUUUUUUUUUUUUAGAUAUAAAUUUAUUUAUUUAUUUUUGGCUGCAUUGGGUCUUCAUUGCUGCACGCGGGCUUCAUCUAGUUGUGGCGAGCGGGGUCUACUCUUUGUUGUGGUGCACAGCCUUCUCAUUGCGGUGGCUUCUCUUGUUGCGGAGCAUGGGCUCUAGACGCACGGGCUUCAGUAGUUGUGGCACGUGGGUUCAGUAGUUGUGGCUCACGGGCUCUAGAGCACAGGCUCAGUAGCUGUGGUGCACGGGCUUUGUUGCUCCGCGGCAUGUGGGAUCUUCCGAGACCAGGGCUCGAACCCGUGUCCCAUGCAUUGGCAGGCGGAUUCUUAACCACUGCGCCACCAGGGAAGCCCCACCAGUGCAGUCUUUAUUACCUGUGUGAAGGCAGUGUCCUCCUGGGAUUUUAGGUGGUUCUUCAGACUCACAUAAUGAAUCCAUUCUAACAUUCACACCUCCUGGAAUUUUCUGACCCUUUCCUUAAUCCUGGCACAGCAGUUCCCCCAUCUCCACCUCAUUUGUAUGUCAGACUCAUGUCCAAACCUCAGUAGCUAUCUCAGCAGUAAUAUUAGGACCAGCUUCAGGCGUCCUUCACUCCAAGUCACGGGUAAAUGCUCCCAUGAUGAUAAACUCCGUUAUCCUGCCUUAUAGCCGUUCCUCAACCUCCAUCCCUGGCUCACUACCCUCAAGAGCCACUCACACACAUUUCCCCCGGUUCCUGGCGGUAGCAUAUUAGGUUCUGCAAUUACUUCAGUGUCUGAGUAUUUCCUCCCUGACAGCAGUUGUAGUUCUCUGCUCAGGCUGUGCUGAGGCGUGACUGGUUCCUGGCUUGGAGAAUAAGGGUGUUGGAAGCGCAUCUUGAGGAGCUCAAGCAUCCUCCUCCUCGGGCAUCUGCCUCACCAGAGGCCUUGGCAGGCUCUUCAGGACAGGAAGUACGAGCUGCCCCUGCCAGCCCCACACUCGCGGAAUCCUGGUGUUCAGCAUUUGCAGGCUCCUCCACCCUGUUUAUGCUGCCGUGUCCCACUCUCUUGCUGUUGAGGCCCUGACUUUAAUAAAGG